UUUUUAGAAUUUUCAUGAAGUGCAAAAUCACACAGGUCCACUAUAUCCGGACCCCAAACAGCGAUACGUUAAAAUAUUAAACCAUUUUGUCCUAAAGCACCAAUUAGAUACUGUUCCGAAACAAAUGGAGCAUUUCCACCUCCGAUUGUGAAAGCUGAUCUGAGAUCAGCAUCUGAAAGAGUGAAUGGAAACACAGAGAGACACUCCCGUGACAACAAGGAAACUGUAGCCGCAGACUCGGUUCUUACAAACGUCAACACGGACAGUCCACAAUGUUUUAUGUCCGUAGUGUUGUAUUAUACACGUUACUGUGUAUUUGUUCCACAAAUGAUGAUAGCAAAAUAAAAAACGCAUCGAAACCGGUGCGUUUGUUCACCGAGGAGGAGUUGCAAAGAUACGAUGGGAGCGAGGAGGGACAACCAAUUUACAUGGCCAUUAAAGGAGUAGUGUUUGACGUCACAACUGGAAAAGAAUUUUACGGAAAGGGAGCAUCUUAUAAUGCCCUUGUGGGCAAAGACUCAACCAGAGCUGUGGCCAAAAUGUCCCUCGACCCCGCAGAUCUCACACAUGACACUACGGGCCUCACUGAGAAUCAACUUCAAUCCCUCGAGCAGAUAUUUAAAGGCACAUACAAAGCAAAGUACCCUAUCAUCGGAUACACCAGCAGGCGCGUUCUCAAUGAGGACGGCAGCCCCAAUGAAGACUUCAAACCUGAAGACCAACUUAAUUUCAACAUUAAAGAUGAAUUUUGAUGCUGAGACAGCCUUUAAAGAUAAUUGUCUUGUAAUAAAGAUAUCCAACAAUCCAAUCAAAAGUCUGAAUAAUAGUUGUUUGUGACAUCUGGCAGUAGUGGGCAUGUGUAAAUUUGAGGUUGUCUGGUGGUCUUUCAGCCUACAACCUAGAAAAUAUUAUGAUGCAUUAUAUCCCACGUGGGUUUUUCCCUGGUGGGCUGCUUUGAAGGUCAUUCAAAUGAGGCCACCUACAGGUGUGAUUAAAAUAUAUAUAUACGGUAGGUACGUCAUUUGGCCUUUUUAAAUGUAUCAAACGAUGCUAGAAAAUGAUUUUUAAUGUUUGUGCUGUUUAAAAAGUAUUGAUUAUUGUAAGCCUGCAAUAAAUCACUUGGUUUCUCACUGUACACGAGGGGAAAGUUUGGUGAUUCACACAUGUAGAAAUUGAAAUUGCUUUUGUGGUGAGGGGUUUCGUUUUACAAAUUAAGAAGUUAAGCGUUAAUGUUAUCAUUCCACAACAUCAUUUUUACUCAAACGCCAUCUCAGUCAUAAUUAUAGUGUUUGUGUCUAAUCUAUAUAAAAUGCCCUUGAUGACCAGAAAUGUUUCACAUUAAUCUGAGAGAGAGUUGUUUGUUAAUUCGGCUUGUUGUCCUGUCAUAUUAGUGUCAUCUGGGAUAUUUUAAGUCUGAAUGGAAUGUAAUAAACAAGUUGUUUAGAAACUCA